AUGUCCCACACACAGCCAGGAUCUGAUGACUCAGAUGAUGCAUGGGCCACCGUUUUUGAUGCCAUCGAGUACAAGGAUGGGGACGAGGCAGAUAUGUUUGCCGUAGAUCCAUUUUCAGAUUUCUAUUCUGGAAUGCAUCAAAAUCAAAUUCAAAAACAAAAUCACUUUGCAUUUCAGCCUUUACCAGACGGACAUACUGGAAAUCCAAGCAUGGAUUCCGCAAGCACAGACUUUUUUCACCGUAGAACAAUUUCUUCGCCAUUAAUCCAGCUUACCCCAAGCCAGCAUCCAUAUAGUCCUCAAGUAUCACUUCCAGGUGUCCAAACAACGCUCAGUUUCUCUCCAUCGAGGAUUUCGCGCUUGUUGGCCCCAGUUGAUACUCAAGCUCGGGCUCAAGAGGAUGCUACGUUUAUGUCUUCGAUCCAUGAUACGACCCUCGUCUUGAAUCCUCACGCUCUAAGUUUUAUACCUUAUACUCUUUGGCAAGAAAGAACAUAUUCGUUUGGCGAACUUGUAACAGAUUUCUUCCAGAGAAAGAACCACGCAAGUUGUAGAUUUUCAUAUAAGCUUUACAAUGCGCUUAAACUUAGUGCAAUCAAUGAUAAAUUCGCAUUCCUUGUUGGAGUCCGAUGGUUGAACGAGCAGAUAAUUCGCGUGGACAAGCGUGCUUUCGCACGUUUGCUCGGAAUUAAAUCUAUUGAUGGUAGCUUGUUCCAUCAACAAGGCAAUUUCCCUUCACAUGGCUUCAUAGAGGUUUCUGCUGAGGAUGUUCCGAAGAUUUGUCCGGAUGUCGAUCUUACCGGUGUUGAUUAUGAUACUGUUAGAUUGUUGUACCACGGAGACGGAAUCUUCCUAAGAAGUGCUCAGGAAGCUGAUUUAGCUAAUUGUAAGUGGGCGAGCUCACGUCGUUAA